GAACAAAAGACGUUUGGCAGGAGGAGUGAACCAUCUUGACACUGAAGAGUCACGUGUUAAAGUGUUGACGUCAGUUCUUGCGCAAGUUCGCUGUUUUUCGACGUGGUGCAGCUGAAGACAGCGCACUCCCUGACUCUCUAAAGUGGAAUCAUUUUAUGCAAUACCCCGGCCCCAUUUUACCUCAAACGGGCCGAAGUAAUUGACGCCGGUGUUCGUGAAAGGAGGCUGGUCUGGAAGGAGGCGAUCUUCAGCAGCGUCCAGAUCAUCCAAGAGCAUCCUUUACCUUUACAAUCCAAGCCACUGAUCGUUUCAGUGUAUUCCAGUCCAAGUUAUAGACACAUGGCCUCCAGCUCUGUCGGCUCACGGUUAGUGGCCUGUCUCCUCAACAUCUCUGAGGCUCGCAGAGUAGACGUGGUGCAGACCGUCGCCAAGGCGGCUGUGUAUAACAGCCAAGGCGUUAGACGCGAGGGGACGACCGUACUGAACAUCUUCAUCGACCACGACUACAACCGCUCCGUCCUGACUGUCGUGUCCUCUGUGGAGUCCAUCAGAGAGUCCGUCUUGUCUGCGUGUAAGGAGGCGUGCACGCUGAUCGACAUGCGCACGCACGCUGGAGUUCAUCCAUGUAUGGGUGCUGUGGACCUCAUACCCAUCUACCCCCUGGGGGAGGAGGUGGGAGUGCAGGAUUGUGCUGCGGAGGCUCGAGCUGUAGCUGAGGGCCUUACAGAGCGUGUCCUGGGUACGAGUGCGUUCCUGUUUGGCUGGGCAGACUCCCCGCUUCAACGCGGUCUGGCCCAGAGGAGGAAGGAGAUGGGCUGGUUCAGAAAGACCACCGACCUUCAGGGAGUCCGGCCUGACAUGGGACCACGACCACAGACACGAUAUGGACUCACAGGUGUUGGGGCCAGUCCAUACGUGAUGAACUGCAACGUCACCGUCGACACUCAGGAUCUCGCCAUAGGACGCAACAUUGCCACAGCCAUCAGGGAAUCCACCCCAGACGGCCUGCCUGGGGUGCAGGUGCUUGCACUGCCACAUGAGGGCACUGUGGAAAUUGCCUGUAAUGUGGAAAGUGUGAAGGGGAGCCCACCUACCCACAUGAGCUCAGAUGAACCGUGGCCUUCUUUCAGCAUCAGCGGUCACAUGUACUUUCACACUCCAGCUUCCCUCAUCACAGCGAGGGUCACAGAGCUGGCUCGGAGGCAGGGAGUGGACACGAAGGGCACCGCCCUGGUGGGGUUCACGCCCCGUGAGUGCAGGGGCCUGGCAGAGUUGGCACUGUCUCAGGGGAUUGCUGCGUUCUGGAAAGAGCGACAUGGUUUACGUAUGUGAACAUUAGUGCUGCCAAAUGGUGUCAUAUCUAUUCAAGCUUAGAUUUAUUAUGAGGAGGAUUAAAACAAAAUUAGAAUUUACUGUAAUGUGCCCAUGUGAAUACAUACAUCUUCAACCACUUAUCUGGGAUCGGGUCACAGGGGCAACAGCUCCAGCAGGGGAUCCCAGACUUCCCUUAUCCUGGGCCACAUUGACCACCUCUGACUGGGGGGAUUUCGAGGCAUUCCCAGGCCAGUGUAGAGAUAUAAUCUCUCCACCUAGUCCUGGGUCUUCCCCGAGGUCUACCCCUAGAUGGACGUGCCACAAAACACAUGUACACUGGAUGGGCACACUCCCAGGCCCCUCCAGGAUCCUUGUAAAAGUUAAGAGCUGGUCGGGUGUUUAGCUGAACAGUUGUUCGGGUUCGACUAUCGGCCAAACCCUCCUUGCCUGCACCCUGGAGUAGACUUUACCAGGGAGGCUGAGUCGUGUGAUGUCCCUGUAAUUGUCACACACUCUCUGGUCCCCUUUUUAAAUAUGGGGACCACCACCCCAGUUUGCCACUCCUUUGGCACUGUUCCAGACCUCAGCACCAUGUUUGGAGCUGCUUUUACAAUAACAGUUUGAAUAGAAAUGUUCAGUAAUUAAACUUAAUUCUACAUCUUCACACCCUUUAUAUAAUCAAUCAAUCAAUCAAUUUUUUUUUAUAUAGCGCCAAAUCACAACAAACAGUUG